AAGAUCAAUAUGGCGUCACCGGGUGUCAAGUUUCAAAAGACGCCAUAGCUCCGGGACGGUUACGGGCCCCGGGGGGUGGUCCCGGGUAGGCGAGGUGGAAGAGACGAAGGGAAAGAAUACCGUGACCGUGUGGAGGAAGGGGAGGAGAAGCACUUGUCGCGAUCAGGAUCAACUUUGUUGUCGUCGCUGAGAAAAAAUGGCAUACGGCGCGUUUCGUCACUGGUCGACGACGUCGCGAGGGUGGCGCGUUUCUAUCACGAGGAGACGAGGCGACGAAGAGACGCGGUGUUUCGACCGGAUGACGAAGAGUCGUGAAACAACGCCGACGACACGUUAAAAUCGAAGUAAAAUCAUCGAAGGGCACUCGUACACGCCACAACUUGAACCCACGGGCGAAAAAACGUCCAGACGAGGCGAGCCUAGACAGCGACUGGUUGGCGGGCUGUGCCCAACAUAAAUAACCACCAUGGCGAAGGAGAUGAUGAUAGUGUUCGUUUACGACACUGCCAAGUGUUGUAAAGAGGAGGAUGACCCUGCCGAGGCAGUCAUGUACUUUCAUCCGGCCUGGGUGUCCCUGACGCAGAGACUGGCCCUGGCGGGACAGCUGAUGGGUGUGUAUCAUUUUCUUUCAACGUCAUUCUCAGCUCCACGCUCCAUCACGUUGCAAGGUGGGAAGUUUGUGCUGGUGAAGCUCGGCCAAUACGUGCUGGCGGUGGGAACAGACAGGAACAUACAAGACUGGAUACUCGAGAGACGUGCGGACAUACUAGAGUCGUUGUUGAAGUUUUUUCACUGUGAUCUCGUCAAGAUACUGGAAUCCCUUAAUAAUGACCGGAAUAGAUUCACUGAAAAACUGUAUCAGAUGUUCGAGACCUACCUGCCAAUUCUGCAAUAUAGUGCCAAUCUAUUUUCGAACAUUCCCGUUAUUAAACUUCCAAAGAGUGCCAGCAACAUAUUCUUAGAGGCAAUCCAAAUGUUACAACAUUUUCAAGAAACAAACGGUGUUUUGGGUGGAGCGUUGUUCUACAAUAAUAAGAUAGUUGCUACACAGCUGGGUGCAGAUUUAACGAAACAAAUUGUCAUUACUGAUCCUUACAGGAUAAAGGCUCCCGCGGAAAAGGUGCCUACGGAAUUUCAUUUACCAGUCGGUGUUCAACUGCUGCAAGUGUACAUAGAACGGAAACAGCAUGAGAAACUGGUACAAGAAGCGAAUAACGAACGCUAUUAUCACUCAUACUUGGAUACCACGAUGAAAAAGAUUCCACAGAGGAAGAAUACGAUGCCACAAAAAGGAAGCAGCGCCAAGGAGCCUCCCGUCAGCAGCGCGUCCUCCGGCAUGAAGCGAGACACGUCGCGUAUCUUCACGGUGCUCGAAGAGGGUGAAGAAGGCGAACCGGCGAAUUGCAACGAUGAUCUGGCAAAGUACGUACCGUUGGUACCUCCGGCGAUCCACGACUCACCACCGCCAAUCAGACGCAAGCAACAGGAGGUCAAGCAACAAGAGCGUCCCAUCAAAGCACCCAUCAGCGCUACCGCUAACUCGCUCACGCCUAGCGUGUGCGCGACGCCAUUGAAGGACGUCAACCGGGUGUUGCACGACAUGGCCAUGCUCAUCUGCGGCGCGCCAGACGAAGACGAGGAUAGCGAAGAGAAAAAGGAGAACGAUCGCGGUGAUGGGAACGAGUGUAAGACGUCGACGAGUUCACUGCACAACCACGACGACGACGAUAUCCCCGACGUUGUCAAGGAAGCACUUAGAUAUAAACGUCUGAACAAGCUGAAGAAUGCCACAUCGAAAGAAAGGCUAAUGAAGAGGAAGGAUCUCGACAAAACGAGCGUCAGUUUACCAGAUCUAACGUCAAUCGACCCGUGCUCAGGCAGUUCUUCCAGAAUUUGCCUGCCAGAACUGAGCAAAACAUUAUCCAAAUUCGACGAAGUUUCUCCAGACUAUAAUUCAGACUCGCUUCACCGGAAACCACGCACUCGCAAAAACGAUAGACGGCAUUCGCGCACCAUCACCGAUCCUUGCUUUCCCGUGUUUCGAUACGAUGGUCUGCCAGUUUCGCAAUCUUUAUACGAACAGUACGUUGCUUCUCGCUACGAUCACGAGUUAUGCAAUGAUGAUGGUAACGGCAGUAUCUACGAACAUCGCAGUGAUAAACUGCCUAAAGAGCAGUUACGGGAAACGUUGUCGAACGACUUGAAUGCGAAAUCAUCAACAAUCAACAAGGGUUCGACGAUGAGAGAUGCUCAAGAAGUAUGCACGCCCGAGGAUGGAUGCGCUUACGGCCUCAGCAAAAGUCAGCAGCAACAGGAACAGUCCUGCCACAACAAUCAGAACAACAAAAACAACAGCAACAGAAGGUCGAUGAGGUUGCCGCUGAAGCCGAUAAAUCUAACGAACGAGGAAGAUCAUUGGGGAACGUGCAGUGGUUCGAAAUCGUGCAACUUGACGUAUCUGCGGAAGGAUGGGUUGGACGGUCUGCAACUUACCCCGUUGAUAUCGAAGCUCAGCGUGCUUGCACACGAACAACGUUGUUGGGGCCCUCGGGACAACACGCCGAGCGACAGCCGUCCGGACGCAGCCUGUGCAACCUUUGCCUCAGUUGCGCCUGCCACAACCUACAUUUCAACGGAGCAGCAGCAGCAUCUAACGGAACAGCAGCAGCAACAGCAGCAGUACCAAGUGGAACAGCAACACCAAAUGGAACAACAGCAACCUUUAGUGGAACAACAGCACGUAGCGAAACAGCAGCGGCUGAUGGGACAGCAGCAGCUGACAAGUCAUCCGCAACAAUUAAUAGGACAGCAGCAGCAGCAUCUGAUAGGACAGCAGCAUCUACCGGAACAACACCAUCCAACGGGGCUGCAACAUCUGACAGGGCAGCAACAACAAACAGUAGGACAACAAUAUUUAAUGGGGCAGCAGCUGCAGCAAAUGGCGGAGCAAGAGUUCGAGAGGACACCAGAUCCGAGCAACACGCAGACGAACAACAUCAACAACGACGACGAAACGAACAACGACCGUUCCACGGGCCACGCGGACGAAAGAAAUUUGUGCGCUCAGUCCACGAAUUUGACCCAGACCGAACUGUUCGUUUGUGGCCAGCAGAAUAUGGUGCUGGUGCUGUUAAUGGAGAACGGUACUGCGAACAACCCCGAGCUAAUACACGCCCUCUGGCAAACCUGCGUGAGCACCCUAGGGAAGCUCGAAACGCGGCUGCAACAGUGCCUGGAGCCGUUGCCGUCCACAGACAACAAAGAGCAGUACAGCAUUCUGAACGUGGACCCUCAGUGGGACACUAUUCAGAGAGCAGGUUUAUGGGGAAUCACCGAUCUAGAUAUCGUUUCCAGUCUCCACGACAGAUUCCUACGUUCCCGUCGCCAAACGAAUGGGUCGCAAUACUUAACGGAAUUAAUAAUCAGGAAAGAGGACUCGGUGAUUUACGGGAACCAAUGCGGGAGAAUGGAGGUGUUCUACCAGCAAACGGUGUCGCCGAGCAGCUUCGGGUCACUGCCAACUCCAGCGGACCUGAUGGGGAUAGUAGCCCUCAAGGCGAAACGUAGACUAGAGAGAGAUCACGGGAUCGUGCUGCUGUAAAACGGAAUUGUAUAUCACCUGCGUCACAGUGUAGCGUGCGCAGCGGAGAAUCCGUGUCACUUUUAACCCUCGUGUGAUCGUGAAAGGGAAAUAUCUCGCACACUCAACGCGGGUGAACUAUAUUUGCAGAGAAUAUAAAUCUUACGAUAUAUUUGCCGACAAUGUGUACUUCGCUGCUGACUAAGCUAGUAAUAAUAGCGCGUUUGUAUCUUUCUCAAUAUAAUUUGCGAUUGCAAAAUUUGAAAAUAUAAUUUCUCAAAAAUUCGAUUUAAAAGCACAACCUUUUUUUUUUAAGUAUGACUUUAUAAUAAUGAUGAUGCGUUAUAAUUGAGUAAUUGUUUGUUUCUCGCGAAAAGACGAAAAUCAAGUUCUUAUGAUGUUUUCAGCAAUAGAGUCCUUUUUAUCAGUAAAUGAUACACUGAUACAUUGUUCCAAAAUAGCUCCCGAAAGAAAAUUAUAUAAAUACAUAAUCACACGAGGGUUAAUUAUUUCUUUUUUCGAUACAACGCACGAUACGUUAUGUUUCCGGCCACCAUUUUGGGCACCAUUUUGUACAUAUUUUUCCACGCUUGCGAAUUUUAGUGCAGAUCACGUGCAUUAAUUAACGCGCAUUAAUUAAUUAUUCGUAUUAAUUAACGCGAAUUGCCGGCAUACAUUGUGAACGGAAAAACAUUCGUUCCACCGUGUGUUGAGAUGAUUUCAACGGCAAGAAAAAUACGGUUGACAGGAACGUUUUUCUACAUAUGUAUUUUUGUAAACACAAGAUAAUUCGCAGAAAAUUGGCCACAACAAGAGCUUUUGUAUUGUCGCCGAAGUCCCGGAUGGCACGGUAUUAUAUCUCAUGGAAAGUUUUUGUGUAAGCACGACAAGUGUACAUUCGUGCUGUCUCUGGGGUAUGUAACCUAGUAAAGUGUUUUUACCGUGUCACGGUUCGAGAAAUUUUCUACGAUAUAACUAAUCGUCGACAUCUCGAGAGUCAAUGCGUUUCCUCAUACAUAUGUAUCUCUACCGUUUCAAUCGCGUAGAUAGAUGUUACAGCUUACACUAUUUUGUAUUACGCAAGGUGUCCCAGAAUUGAGACGAAAAAACACACACACAAGGCCUUAUCUUUUCUGAAAUUCUAACGCCACUGAGUCUUGGACGUCUCUCUCGCCGUAUUGAAAACGUCGCGGCGCCAGUGAUUCUCGUAAUUUUAUGAAUAAAAAACGAAGCGUUUUGGGAGCGUCAUUCGUCACUUGAUCUUACAUUAAUCAAACUUUACCUUAAGGUUCGACUAGAAGAAUAUUGACCGUUGAAACUCGAGGGAACCGUCGAGGCACGGAAUAUGAAAAGUCAAAGGAUCGAGGGAUCACAGUAAACGAUGACAUCCGACGACGUUUUUGCCGGCAAAAGAAAUCGGUAAAAGAAACGAAACAAAAAUCAUCGAAUCUCGCGAGGAUCGCGAGUCACAUCUAAUUGUCCACCAAUUCUAGGACAUCUUGUAUAUAGUUGAUUAUUCUUUGUACAUACGUGUGUGUGCAUAUAACGAAUUAGUUUGUAAUUUAUUGUUUUGCGUCCAAGCAGGCGCUAUUUUAGGCCGUUCCGGUUUUAUUAGAGCGAUCGUAGCAGUGUUGAGCGAGAGAGAGAGAGAGAGAGAGAGUCGAAUGCACAGGUUGCGAAAAAUCAUCGAUAGACACAAGCAGGAACGAGGCGCGAUUCUCGGCGCGGAAAUAAGUCUGGCUGCGAUAUUCUUUUCUCUAUGAAGUCUUGUUUCCAAGAAAAGAAACCGAUCCUCAGGAUCCUUCUCGUCAACUCGAAUAAUGCGACAUCGUCGCGUGGUUGCCGCCAGAUUUAUCUCGAGCCAUUCGUCUCGCUUUGUUUCUGCAUGAGAAGCAUUCCCUCGUCCUGCAAUGGAAUUUUCACCUCGCUGCCCGGUGCAUUCACACGAGAAUAUCAGUAUUUCGAGGUCCGCGAAGGCGCUGCGUCCAGUAUUUCUAGUCGCCCGGAUUGCUUUUGUAGAAGCUGGGGAAGAAACGAACGAUCAUCGAUGAUAAUAAUACCGUAGGACACGAUGAUCAUAUCAUUUGUCCGCCGCGCCGUCGAUUUCUAUGUAAAACUUUAGCCAUUCUCCUGGCGCGACAUCGAGUCGCGCUUGUGUACUCGGCGCUACUUAAAUCCGCUCUUAAAGCCGUCGCGAUAAAUCUUUAGAGCGAAAAUGUCGACGAGCUCGCGCAAAAGUCACUCGCGCGAGGCGAGUUUUGUUGUCCUCUUCUUCUUUUCUUUAACUCUCACCAUUUUAUCACAGUAACGACGAUACGCGAACUGCAACCGCUUGUGUAAAUACACAUAUAUAUUGCACGGAUAAGGGGCUUUCUGGCGAGCGAAACCGAAUCGCGUGAUCGACGUCACCGCGCGCGCAUACCGCCGGGGUGAUCUCCUUUGUAUUUUACGUUUCAUAAAUCCUUCCAGGCUUUCGUUCGAGAGACGAAGUGUAAUAAAGAGCGAUUCGUUGCUUUUCGAGUAUCA